AUGGGGCAUUUGGAAGAUUUCCGUAUGUUUUCUCCGCGCCCCGAGACUCCAGAACCGGAAUCGCGGCAGGGACGCAGAAACGGCGCUUCAGGUGUGCAGCUUCUGGACGAUGAUGGAGGAAUAUCCCAGCAGUUGGAGUUAUGCUUGAAACAUAUUUUUGCAAAGUACUGCACUCCACCACCUCCACCCCCUACGCCCACAAACAAGCGAAUAGAGCUACUCAUUCCUCCUGAGGGCGCGUAUCUCUCCCCUCAAGGUUUGGAUGCUUGGGCCCGGGAUACGAAUGGUGCUCCGUUUGACGACGCAACAAAGGAAGAGUUGACGGAGUUUCUGGACGUCACGGAUGAGGGUUGUCUAACGUUGAAGGGCUUCAUGCAAGUAUAUCAGUUGCAGACGGAGGCCGACGAGGAGGAAACUUGGAGGGACUUGUCGGCUCACGGUUUUGAUCGAACAUUGAGGCUUGUAGCCACCCGGCGAGAAGAGAUGGACUGGGAGAGCACUAUCUCAUUCGAAACAUUCUAG